AUGACCUCAAAGCUCAAGAAACAACACCUACAGGACCUACCACGGAACCCCUUUUGGAGUCGCCUCUACCCUCUGGAGCUGUUGUUGCCCCACCCCUGCGUCUCCGAGUUCUGGAAUCAUGCGGCUAUCCGCGAUCGGUCUUCUAACACCAAGGCAAGCUCGGCCAUCAGGAUGACUUCAGGAUAUCACUUGAACACCCUUAAAGAGAUUCGACGCACUAACUGCGGCCACAUCUUGGGCGUUGUCAUUCAGGAAGUUCUCUUAACGGGCGCUGCUUUUGAGCAUUUUGUUAUCAGCGGAUCCCGUGUAUCAAGUUGA